AUGUCUCAAACUUACAUUAAGAACAAGUUGAAAAAAGCAAAAGACGCCAUUCAGGCAAAGAACUACGAAGAGACAGUUAACUGUUGCGAAAAUGUUAUUAGUUACGAGCCGGAAAACUAUAACGCACAUGUUUUUCUCGGAGUCGCUUAUUUGAAUCUUAAUAGACUUGAAGAGAGCGAGCGAAGUUACCGAAAAGCUAUUGAAAUCGAUACCGCGAAACCUCUUGCCUGGGAGGGACUUGAAAAGUUUUAUGAGAAACAAAAAAAUUGGGAGAAAUAUGAAGAGACAUUGGAUCUGGUUUUACAAAGACGUAUUGAAAGUCGAGAUGAGAAAGUACUCGAAACAAUAAACAAAUUAAUUGAUUUGCACAAAACAAAAAAAAUAAACAUACGAAAGCUCGUCGCUGUUCUCAAAAACUUUCUACCACAAAGCAAAUCCUAUGACCUAAUCAAAAAUUUAGAUGGUGUUCCAACUCCAAUACAAACCUUGUGUGAAAUUGCCAAAUUGCUUGAGCACGAGGAAACUGAAUCCCUAAGACGAGAAGUCGAGACGCGUCGACAGCGGUUGCAUGCUGGCCCAUUGGCUACUAUUAAGGCACAAGUGCAAACUGAAAUUUAUUCGAAUUCAGAAUUGGAAGAGAUUUAUGAGAAUUUGAUAGAGGCAAUGAAAUCGAGUUCAGAAGAAUCUGGUGUUGAUUUAAAGGAGUUAUCGAUAAAGUUUCUUACGCAUUUACAUAAGAAACUUGCGGCUGUUCCUCAAGAUAGGAAAAAACAGUUAAACGAAAAACUUCAUGGUAUGGCAUGCCAUUUAGUUGACCAAAAAUAUGAAUUCGCUUUAUCUUACGAAAUAUUAAUUGAAAGUACAAAUGCUGGGUCCCUAGACGAUUACGACAUAACUCUACUACGUCAAUAUGUGGAACUGUUUCCUGAUACUGCGCUAUCAAAAAGCAUCCAAGGAUAUUUGCGGUAUAAGGAUGGCGAUUCUAUAGAUGAAAUAACUGAGCUUUUUAAUGAUGAUCUUGAGAAUGAUUUGCAAUUCUUAUUUACCUAUCACGCGUUAAGCUGGAUGCAUCACGAUUCAAAAGAUUAUGAGAAUGCUCUUGAAUACGCGUUAUCAGGAUGUGAGUUGGCGACACAAAAGUCUCAAGAAAUGUGUCUGGCUCUAGAUCGGUAUGAACGUUCUUUAGAACUUAUCAUCGCUGAUUGUUAUCUCCAUAUUGGCGGAAAAUACUACACAGACGCGUCGCGAUAUUAUCAGAAAAUAUUGGAACAAGAGCCGGAUAAUUUGUUGGCGCUUGUGGGUUAUGGAAUGGUACUUUCUGCCCAAAAACAAUACAAUAAAGCAAUGGAAAUACUUGAAAGAGCGCAACAACUCGAUCCAAACAACCUUUUGAUUCAGAAUGAAAUCGGAUGGGUUCAUUUCCUAUUUGGAGAUUUUGAAGAGGCUAAAAGGAUUUGUUUGGCAGUUAUUGAACUCUGUGAUAACAAUCCACUAUACUUUUAUAGAUUAGGGCGAAUUUAUUGGGCAAUGGAUGGCGAAUAUAGAAUUAACAAAGAAUACGCGUACGCUAAAUUAUACCGCACUAUCGAAAUUGACACCAAUUUUGCCGGAGCUUUUACAUAUCUUGGACAUUAUUACUGUCUUGUUGGAGACAAUGUUCGUGCCAAAAGAUGCUAUAUGAAAGCUUUUUCACUGGACUCUAGUGAUGAAGAAGCUGCCUUGCAUUUGAGUCAGUAUUAUCAUUCUGAGGAUAAUAAUGAAUUGGCGGAAACUGUGUAUCGUACAAUCAUCCAAUCAAAUCCGAAAGCUGGUUGGGCUUGGAAACGAUUGGGAUUUCUUGAAUUGGCCAAUAAAAAUUAUACAGAUGCAAUUACAGCUUUCCAAACGGCUUUGCGAACCAACUCUAAGGAUAUCCAAUGUUUGGAAGGUUUAGCAGAAUCAUACCGCAAUGAAGGAAAAUACAUCGCUUCUCUCAAAGUAUUUACAAGAGCAGCUGAAAUCGACCCCUCCUCAAUUUUCGCAAACUAUCAAAUUGCCGCAAUAAAACAAAAAUUAGGGUUCUUCACCGAAGCAAUAGAAUACUACAAAAUCACAAUAGAGAAAGCCAAAGAAAAAGCUGAGCCAGAUCAUUUCCCAUCGCUGAAAAGUUCUGGUGAUAGCUAUCUGGCACUUGUAAAAGAGUAUUUUCAAAUGGGUUCUUAUGGUCGUGCUGCCGAUUCGAUAGCUGAUGGAUUGAAAGUGUUGUUGCGUGCUAUUCAGAUGCAUCCGGAGAUGCAGUGUUUGUGGAAGCUAGUUGGCGAUCUGUGCAUGGAAGUUCGUUUUAUACCAAAUUAUUUGCAUCUAAUUCCUUUGAGUACUUUACGGAGUGUUAUUGAGAAUCUGGAUCCGUCUGAUAUCAAUAAAAAGCUAGGAUUUCCCAGCGAAAUUGAUGAUAGUGCAAUUAGAAGCAUUACAGAAGAGGAUGAUUCUAUCAUUGACGUGUAUUCCGCAAUUUUAACUUGUUCAUGUAUAUCUUACAAAUAUGCUAUCAUAUUGAGUGGCAAUGAUUCCGACAUUGCGCCUUCAUAUUGGUAUGAUCUGGCCGUAGUAUAUCAUAGAUUAUAUGAACAUGAGCGUAUUCAAGCUGCAGAAACAUCUCUGUCCUAUCUGCGUAUUGCUAUUCGUUGUAUCAAAAUUGCACUAAGAUUAGAACCUGCAAAUCCCUCAUUUUGGAAUACUUUGGGCGUAAUUACUUUGACUACAAAUGCUAAAAUAAGUCAGCAUGCAUUCAUAAAGGCAAUCGAGUAUUCACAAAAGGAUCCCGUGCCAUGGACAAAUAUCGGAUUCUUGUAUUUAAUAAAUUCGAAUCUUGAACUUGCAAAUAAAGCGUUUUCAAAUGCACAAACAAUUGAUCCAGAUUUUUUUCCUUCGUGGGCUGGGCAGGCUUAUGUUGCAAAUCUAUGGGGCAGUGAAGAAGCAUUGGAAUUAUUUGAACAUACUUUUAUUAUUAGUGGUGGAAUUUGUUUGCCUGAGGCCAAUUACAGCUACGCAUGCAAGUGCUUCCAGACACACUUAUCAGACGCAUCAUCUAAUAGUGAUUUAUUACAUUCACCAUCUUUUGCAUUACAAAAAUUAAUUGAGCUAAACCCCGACGACGCAACUGCGCUAAAUCUACUAGGUUUGAUUUUAGAGAGGCUCGAGCAACCCAUGACUGCAUCUGAGGCAUUCAUUCACGCAAUACGAUCACUAGAAAAUUCCUUACAAAAUCAAAAAACAGAAAACAUCGCUAUUUUCACAAAAAAUUUGGCGUCUGCACAAGCUAACUUAGCAAGAGUUUUAUGCGCAAUAGGUGAUUUCAGCGGAUCAAUAAAUGCUUAUUUGACUGCGUUAGAGUUAAUUGGUGAAGAAUUUGAAGGGGAAGAUAAAGAUAACACAUCACUUCGGAUAUACAGUCAAUUGGGCGCAGGACUUGCUUAUUAUUUUGAUAACCAGUUGGAAAGUUCUUUAAGUAUGUUUGAAAUGGCGUUGAAUGGAACGGAGGAAGGAAGUGGAGUCGAGGAGAUUCGAAAGGAUGUUACUGUGUUGCUGUCGCAAGUGCUUUGGGCGUUGCAAGGAGAACAACAACGGAAUUUGGCACAAGAGGAAUUGUUUAGAUGCAUAUCACAAAACCCGAAUCAUCUUCCCGCGAUAUUCGGACUCUGUGCUAUCGGGUUACUUCAGAAUAACGAAACUUUGGCAACGGCAGCGUUGCAGGAGAUGAAAAAGUUACCGUUACAUAUUUCUGGCGAGUUUUCUAAUGAACUUGACCGAAAUCACGAUAUCGAUUUUUUAACAAGUCGCUAUCACUUAUUAUUGGAUUCGCCGAUAGAAUCAACUCUAUCACUAGUAAAAUCCGUACACGCAACCCCAACAAAUCUACAAACAUGGACACACCUCACAAAUCAUCUGAUCAGCACUGCAUCCGCCAGCCAAGCAAUUUCAUCCGCACGAUCUUCACUAAAACUUUUGGCUGCCUCGUCUUCUUCAACUAGAAUCAUCAGCACACUACAUAAUGCCAAAAUUCAUCAAAAUCUCGCGGCGGCUUUGUUAUUGAAAACCACUGAAAUGUCAACACACAUGUUGACAUCUCAUAAUGAAAACGAAGAUGAAAGAAAGAAUUUACAAAAUAUGAAGGAAGAAUAUGUUACAGAAGCUUUUUAUGAAGCUCAGCGUGCCGUAUUGGCGGCGCCAUGGGAUCUGGGCAUGUGGUCUUUGCUUGGGGUUGCAAAUCGUACUUUUCAGACUUUGUUAUUUUCGCUUCAAUAA